CUCCCUUCGACGCCUCGUCGUUUCCCUCCCUCUCUCGCCGCUCCGCUUCCUUUUCGCUCCUCGGAAGAGGGUGCCGUGAGGGGGCAGAUUCACGACGAGGGAGAGGAGGGGAAUAGGAAGAGCCGGGCCGGCGGCGUCGCUCUAACUCACGACCCAGAAUGAAGAUUUGGACCUCGGAGCACAUCUUUGAUCAUCCCUGGGAAACAGUCACCACUGCUGCUAUGCAGAAAUAUCCCAAUCCUAUGAAUCCCAGUGUGGUUGGAGUUGAUGUCCUAAAUAGGCACAUAGAUCCCAAUGGAAAAUUGCAUAGUCACAGAUUGCUCAGUACAGAAUGGGGAAUGCCAUCAAUUGUCAAAUCGCUUAUUGGUGCUUGUAGAACAAAAACUUAUGUAGAAGAACACUCCAUAGUUGAUCCAAUGAAGAAAGUAAUGGAGCUCAAGUCUACUAAUAUUUCAUUUACAAAUCUGGUGUCAGUGGAUGAGAGGCUAAUAUAUAAACCACAUCCUCAAGAACCAGAAAAAACCAUUUUGACGCAAGAGGCAACAAUUUGUGUGAAAGGGGUUAGUGUCAGCAGUUACCUAGAAGGGCUAAUGGAGAACACCAUAUCUUCUAAUGCUAAAAAAGGCCGUGAAGCGUUGGAAUGGGUGAUCAACAAGCUGAAUGCUGAAAUAGAGGAAUUCACUGCUUCAGCAAGAGGAAACAUGAGGUCACCCAUGGCAGCGGCAGCCUUUGUGGAGAAAUAAUAUAGAGCUACACAUGUAUACGUCAGUGAUUAGGCCUGAAUGUCUGAAACAAACAGUUGCGCACUUCUUCCAAGCUGGAAAUAUUUAUUCUUCUAUUUAAAAAAGGAAAUCUGUAUAUUAGAUUUUUAAAUUAAACUUGGAGAGAAGUUGCAUACAUCUGUAAAAUGAAGGUAAUACACAUGCCUAUGAGUUCAGUGGGACUGAGUAUUCAACGGAAGAUUAUCCAGAUGUUCAAGAUCAAAGGAGUCUUGUCAUGCUGGAACUGAGCGUCCAGCCUACAGGAGUCCUCCAACAGGGCAAGAUGUAGAAGACUGACAGUAAUUCCUCCUUUGAUAGAAUUCAGGUUUACCUGGACUCUGUUACUUUUGGGGCCAUUCCAAGAAUUUUUAUUCUGGACUCAGAAUAAUCUACUUGGUUUUAAGGCAGCUAGUGAUAGGUCUUGGUUUGGAAGAACAAUGUUUAUUACUUGAAAUACGCUUCUUUAUACAAAAGUUCUUUUUUUUGUAUGUUGCUUUCAUUGUUACGUUUACUAACAUGAAAAGGUGGUACUUAAGCAAUACUUGUCAUAUCUUUGAAUAAGAAAUAAGUUGAUGCUUUGUAAUUUCAAAAGAUUAUCAGCUAACGUUGUGUGUUUUUUCUGGAAACAGCUGCAUGUUAUAUAGCUAGGAGAGAAACUUGGCUCAGGUCUUUGGUCCACAGUAUCAGUUUUCAUAUAAAAAUUUCAACUCUGAGGCAUACAUGUACUAUGACAUUGUUAAAUUAGUUUCAUAAUCAUGACUCUCAUGUUUGCUUAUCAAAAUAGUGCAGGCAAUUCAAAUGUCUUAAAGAGUACUUGGUGUUUUGUUUUUUGUUACCUACUUUAGGAGGAGGGGUUAGUCUAGUAAUCUACAGUGCUGUUUACAUCUUUCUAAGCCUCUUGACUUCAGUGGACUAAGAAAGGUGUAAUUCUUAGCAUUAUGUUAGUAUUGUUGAGUUCUGUAGGUAAAUGGUUAGUGUCAACACACCCACACACACACACCAUCUUUCACAGGACAACAUUUGUUAAAGCAUUUGGGAACAGAAUGCAGAAUAUGAUUGGUAUUUAGUUUAACGUGGGAGGAAAAUAGCGGUGGAGCAAGGCUUUAUUCAUUGAAUGAUAAAUAUAGUGGCAUAAUAAAUUUAACUAAAAUGGGAGUCUGUGAGUAGAAGCAUAUUAUCUUCCAGAAGAUAUUAACCACUAGCAGCAUCUAAUGGGAAAAUUUAUGAGCUGGAAAUCUGUUUUGAAAUCUCUAAUUUACCAGAUUAAUCUGUUAAUGUUUGGAAAUGGGAAUGCAUGCAGUGUUCUGUGCCCCUUUAGCUCCAGUUCUGUACUGAUAUGAGUGGGCAAAAUCUGUGGAUUAUCCCUAAAAUUGUGUUUACUAAUACAUAUUUAAAAUUUAAAUAUUUUUCUACUUAGGUUUUAGUUAGUCUUUACAAUUGCAUUUGUAAACCCAAUACAUGUUUUUUACACAUGAAAAUUAACUUAAUUAAAAUGUCAGUAAUGGUGUUUGCUAA